GACUGAGCGAGCACUACGCUGUUUGAGAUCCCAGAUAGUCCUACUUUAAGUCUAGCUUCAUACACGGUUCUGCAAAACAGCAACUUUAACUGCAGCCUGCUUAAUAUUAUCACCUUAAUGUCGACUUUGUUGGAAAACUUAAUACUGAUGCUAUGGUUACGUUUAUUACGGUCUUACAGGUGAAUCUAGUGAUGUCCAUCUUGCUUUAUGUCAUGUUCCUUGCUUACUUGUGUGGCAUUCAGGCUACAUCAAUGGACAAAAAAAAAAUAGCACAAGAUCCUGUAAAUUCAAUUAUAAUUAAGCUCCUACAGGCUGAUAUAAUGAAAAACAAGCAGCAGCCAGAUGAGGAUAUAAAUAAGAAGCUAAAAGGCACUAGUGAAGUGAAAGACAUUCAACAAGAUACCAACAUUUUGGAUAGUAAAACAUCUGCUUUUCAACCAGUCUACAGCAUUGAUCUCGAGUUACUACAACAGCACAAACGAUACAACUCUCCCAGGGUGCUUUUAAGUGACCGACGGCCUUUGCAACCUCCUCCGUUGUACUUAAUCGAUGAUUACAUUGGUAAUUCAGAUAAGGCAAAUAAAACCAGAAAGAAACGAUUUGUGGAACACAAGAGUUACCGUGCGGAAUACUCUGUCUGCGAGAGUGAGAGUCUAUGGGUUACUGAUAAAUCUACAGCUGUGGAUAUUAGAGGACACCAGGUGAAUGUGCUUGGAGUUAUCAAAACCGAUUCCACAAACGUCAAGCAAUACUUUUAUGAGACCAGGUGUAAAGAAGCACAGCCUUCCAAAACUGGCUGUAGAGGAAUAGAUGACAGACGCUGGAAUUCACAAUGUAAAAGCACACAGACUUACGUCAGGGCACUGACAUCAGAAAGAAAUAUGGUGGGAUGGAGAUGGAUCCGAAUAGACACAUCUUGUGUGUGUGCACUAUCCCGUAAACUAAGAAGAACAUAACUGUGCAGCCACUUUACUUUUUGCGGGUAUAAAUAUAAAUUAUUACUUUAAGUUAUAUGAAAUACAUAUAUAGUAGCAUAUUAUUGUUUAUAUAUUUGUGCUAUUUAUUAAAUAAUUUUCAGCAUUUAUUCAAAAACAUACAUUCCACCCAAAAAUUGAAAAGACAUUGUGCCUUCUUUUACUUUCCUAGUUGAGGCUUAGAAAUCCCUCACAACUGAUAUGAAUGCAUUGAUCGGAUCUUCUAAUCAUUUUUACAUUCACUAUUGACUUUACAGAAAGCAUAUUUUCUCUGUUUGUUUAAAGAUAUUUAAAAAAAAUGUCAAGAUCAGAAUAUGGUUAACUCCAGAAGUCCUUAAACAUUUGAUGUUAUUCGAUCACAUUGUGUUUUAAUAUACAGUAUUUUGUGACCUUGAAUAUACCAUACAGUGCACCUCAUAAUCAAACUGAGAAUGCAAUCAAAUAAGGAAUUUUCUUCUCCUGUUAUAAAACCGUACCACAGUUUAUAACCUAUAAUUCCAUAUUUUACAGUAAGACCUUCCUCUUGAAAUGAUCCUGUCUAGUCUUUAGCAUUAAGGGGCUAAAAUUUAUUAGUAAGUAGCUGGAUAAUAUAAUCACCAAAAAUUCAGCCCCCUACUCAUCCCUCAAAAAAUUGAAGUUCUUUAAAUACAUUCCCACAGCAGUAGUGGUAAAAUAAGUUUUCAAACUGAAAUGCAUUAAAAAUAAUGAUGUAAUUAUUUGAUUAUUGUGUACUUUUAUUGCAAAUUUGUUACACAGUAUUUAGAUUUCAGUUACAACUCAAGAAAGGUGGAGACAUAAACUAGCACCUUAGUGUAAAGUUUGAUCAGUGAAAGUAUUGUUGUUUUUUUUCAUCUUACCCAUGGUCACAGUGGUUUUUAAAGUAAAAUAAAUCAAACUUAUAAAUGUUAUUGCCUUUAAUAGUGUAAUUAAACUACAGUUGUGUGCAGUAAAAUAUAUAUAUAAAUAUAUAAAAAAUUCAUUUUAACUGCAAAUGUAUAUGAAUAAACUUAGUUAUACAUGUUUUGGUUGUUUGUUAAUUUAUUUAUUUAUUUUUUCCUGAUUACAUAAAUCUUUUGUUUUAUUUUGUAAUCUUCAUGUGUUUAAUAUUUCAGCAUUAACAAAUGAUUUUCAAUCAGUAUUUCACCGGUAACUUUUACAAAAAAUUACAUAAACUCGGGAGAAUCUCAGGCAAUGCUUAAACUACACAUUGUAGCCAUUGAUUAUUGUUUUGUUACUAUUUUUAUAAAAUAAGCUUUGAAAUGGGGUUCUAUAUCAUUUUGGCAUGUACUUCUCCUAGAAGCUUUAUAAUAAUAAUAAUAAUUAUUAUUAUUAUUUAUAAUAAUAAUAAUGUUUCCCACUUUAACUGAAAACAUUUGAGCGCUGGGUAUUUACAUAUAUAAUACACUUCUUGAAAAGGGUAUUUUACAAAAAUUGCUGUGUCUGUGUUUCUGGUUCUAAAUAAUGUAUCUGUUUUUCAUAUACUGUAAUGAAGUACUUAUAUAUUAUUUAAAGCUUAAGAAGUUGAUAGAAAACUUCUAUUUUAGUACCGUUAUGCUGGUUGGAAAUAUAUUGUACAGUCUUUCACUGCCUAAAGUAAUUCCCAUUUUGUUGGAUAUUGUAUGAUUCAUGUAAUUAUGUGUUUUAAGAAAGAAGUAAGUUUUGCAACUUCACGAUUAAGUUUCAAAACAUUAUGAUUCAUUCUGUUAUGGAGUGUGUAACUGCUAAAGUUCUAAAUAAACAAUGUCUUAUGUUUUCUAUACUGUCAUUAGUUCAGCGUUUCCUUUGUUUUAAAUAUUAUUAUAUCUUUAUGGUAUCUUUAGCCAGUCCACUUUCAAGUAAGUGAAAAAUAACAAAUACACACAGGGUGCUCAAAUAAAAUU